AUGGCGGCGCUCCGCCUCCUACCGCUCCUCCGCCGCCGCCGCGCCAUCCCCAACCCCUCCCUCCUCCUCCACCGCCGCCGCCCCUUCUCCACCUCCACCUCCUCUCCUCCACCCCCUUCCCCAGCAAACCCCGGCUCCUCCUCCCCGAAACCCCCCUCCCUCUCCGCCCGCCUCUCCUUCGUCUUCGACCAGCUCGACGCGCUCGACCGCUCCCGCUCUUCCGACCUCUCCGCCCGCGACGCCGCCCUGCGCCGCAUCCAGUCCUGGCGCCGCCCGCCCCCGCCGCCACCCGACGCGCCUCCUUCUCCGCCUCCGCCGGAGCCGCGCGAGCAAGUCGAGCUCGAGGCCGCCGUGGCGACGGCCGGCGAGCAGCGGGAGGCGGUGGCGGAGGUGGACCGGAUGAGCGUCGCGGAGGUGCUGCGGAGGGAGGUGGAGCUGGUGCACCCCUGGCCCGAGUGGAUCGAGCUCAUGGAGCGCCUCGCGCAGCAGAGGUACUUCGACCUCGGCCCCGCCCACGAGGAGGCCCGCCUCGCCGCCGCCGUGCCCAUGGAUCUCUCCGAGGUCUCCGAGGAGUCUGGCUUCGAUUUCUCCAGGGACUGGACCACCGUCAAGAACGCCUGCAUGAACUUCGGCCGCGAUCGAUUCGACAUCCUCAAGCCGUUGCCUAGGAAGGAUCUUCAAGUAUUAGUUGGCCAUGGGUGUCCCAGCAUGGAUCCAAAAGUUGUGUUUUCUGCAAAGCUGAUAAGAAAAUUGGUUCACCUUGACGAGGGUGAUGUAUGCAGUUCUUGUAAUUUGCGGAAUUCAUGCUCAAGGGGCUAUAUCCUUACACGUAAAGAAGAUGAAGCUCGGACUCUUGAUGUUAUGCGUAUCUUGUUGGUCUAUGGUUUUGACCAUGUAAAGGGAACUGUAGAGAACAAAUCACUUCUCAAACUGAAAUCCGUGAAGACUGUUGUUCGGAAAUUAAUACAUGAGAUUGCCAAGCUGAGUGCUGUUCCUAUUGACCCCAAUCUUCCACCACCUGUAAUCAGGAAGUUGCCACCUAAGGUGAAGCAACCACCUCCACCACCAAAGAAACGAGUUGGACGUGAUGACGUAGAGAUGAAGAAAGGAGACUGGCUUUGCCCAAAGUGUGACUUCAUGAACUUCGCGAAAAAUACUAUCUGCUUGCAGUGUGAUGCUAAGCGUCCCAAAAGACAACUCCUCCCUGGAGAGUGGGAGUGUCCUCGGUGCGACUUUUUGAACUACAGACGGAACAUGUCAUGUUUCCAUUGUGAACACGACCGCCCUCCAGAUGAAUACACCAACAACCAAACAGAAGCAUAUCAAUCUGCGCCGCGGAAACGAUCGGACAGACCAGCUCGUAAGCCUGAGGUUUCUAGUGCCUGGAACUUUGACUUUGAAGAUAAUGAAUCAGAUGGUGCUGAUGUUGCAGCAUUUGAGUUUGCUGAUUCAUCUAAAGGUAGGGAGAGUUCAUCUGUGGACACCUCAUAUAGAGAUAAUGCCAAUGGUUUUGAGGCUGAGAAAUUUGGAAUGGAUGAAACAAGGAGCAAGGGACGAGAAAGAAAGUUCACCGAAAGAGAUAGCUUGAACUCAUCUAGAGUUGGUUUUGAUGAUUUUGACGAUGAAGAGGAUGAUAUUGACAGUUAUGAGCUUGAUUUGUCAAAAGGUGGUCAGACAGGUGGUCUGUCAAGGGUGAGUUAUUCUGACCUUGAUGAUGCUUCUGAUUCAGAAGACUACGGUGAAUCUUCUCACAGUAGAAAUUCCAAUUACGGGGAAAAAGAUGACUUAACAGGUUCAGCCGAUGAUGAUGAAUUUGUUGGCCAACCCUCCCUAAAAUCUAGUCAUAUUGCUGAUUCUUGGCAGAAAACCCGAGGUUGGAGUGGUUCGAAUAACCGCAGAAGCGCAUCUUUUGGAUCAGAGAGUAAUGAUGGGGCUAUUUCUGAUUCUGAUGAGGAUAUUGACAAUGGCUUUAGAUAUAAACAAGGGCGUAACCAGGGAAGUCGUGAAAGAGUUCCUGAUAUGGACUCUGACAUGGAUGACCAGUUUCAAUCAGAUAAUAGGAACAGGUCCUCGGCAAAUUUCAGAGAUAACUUCCCUGCCAGAAGCUCUAACUUGAACAGUAGAAGCUCUAAUGGGGACCGUUAUGGCAGGACCAAAGGCAAUGAACAACACUUCAGGAGGGCUGAUUUCCAUGAGGGUGGCUCGGCAAAUUUCAGAGGUAACUUCCCUGCCAGAAGCUCUAACUUGAACGCUAGAAGCUCUACUGGCGACCGUUAUGGCAGGACAAAAGGCAAUGAACAACAAUUCAGGAGGGCUGAUGUGCAUGAUGGUGGCUCCUUUGAUAAGAAUCACAGAGGAAGGGCUAAUCAUCAAGAUCAUGGCUCAAGAGGUUCACAAAGAAAUGCUGGAAGAAACUGGGAUAAAAGGAGUGAGUUUGAUGGCAGUGACAGAUCCCCGAGGCAUUCUAAUAGAAGGUAAAAAUAUAGCAAUGCGAGUGGCAGCAUAAGAAUUGAAAGUGUGGACGUCAGCCCAAAAUUCUUGGAUACAGAACUGAAUUGAUGGCACUAGAUCCUGAGACGUUGCCGGUAAUGGGGUGUUUUAGGAAGUGUUCAUAUUUCUAAGAAUUUUUUCAAGGCUCCAAGGUAGCCAACAGAUGGAGUGUUACAUCAUGGAAUUUGGUAUGUCCAGAUUUUGUGAAAAAACAUAUUCCCAUUUCUUUCACCAUUUACUGUUCCACAACCUUUUCAAGAAUGGGCCUAGAAUGCAGGGAGUGAAUACAUGCCUCCACACAUGUAUGUUUAUUUUUUGUUGUAUUGAUUACUUUAUCUCCAACAUUAUAUUUAAAGGCAAGUUGGUAAUGGAGUUCAAUUGCCGUCUGUGAAAUGUGAAAGUCAAGCAAUAUAUUUUCAGUAAUGAAUGGGCUAUUUGGUUAUGUCCUCUAGCACAAGUCUGGGCACCAUUAGGCUACCUUUUGUUCUCUAGACUAGGUUGGUAGUCAUUGGCUACCUUCUGUUCUCUAGACUAGGUUGGUAGUCAUUGACUAGUUCAGAUCACUAAUUUUGUUGUUGCUCAGUGCAAUUUGAAUCUUGGUUCGUCAAUAUGCUCUCCUGUGUUGUCGUUGUAAUUUGCAUAUAAUCCUUAUUGUGGUUAGAUUUUCCAUGCAUAUUUCUCAUCGGAAGUUCUUACAUACAUCUAAAUAUAUGAUGUGGUUGUAUAUUUAAAUGUAUGGGAGAUAUUGACACCAUCCUCUGCACCGAUUCCACCCUGAUGUGCCACCACACCGACCUGGAGGCCUGCUGGACUGGACCUACAGGUUCCCAGGUUCAUCUCUUUCUAUCUCUCGUGUGCGGUGGCUCACGGGUUAAGAGACCGGAAUGGAUGAAGCCAGCAGUGCUGCUCCCCGCUGAAGAGGUCUUCCACGGCAGCGGCAGGCGGUUCCAACUUCCAAGCCCAUAUUUUGCUUAAUGUUUGUAAUCCAAUGGAAGACAGUCAUUUGGGUGCUGGGGGUGGAGAGAUGGCGGCUUGAGAUAUGAAUGAGCUCAAGGUUUUACUACCUCAAGAGCUUACAGGUGUUGAAGACACAAGUCACCAAUAGCGGCACACUGUGCUAUUGCUGCCAUAGCAUCUAGGCAUCGGAAGGAUCCAGAAGAG